AGUCGAUGACCAGUUUGUGCUGUGGCCAGCACACGCAACGCAGGCAAAGCCAGCCAGCCCCCUUUUUAUCUUUUGAGCAUUUUACAUUUAGAUAUGUAUAGCUUACCAGGCUGUGGAAAAGCUGCCAUGGCGGUGGAGGUGGCGGUGUUGGCUGCUCUGCUGUUUUCGUCUUUGAAUUGCUUCGUCUGCUUCCAGCAGCAGCAAGCUGAGGCUCUACAGUUGCAGACGCUGCCGCCUUUGUUGGAAGGUCUGGAAUGGGGUUUCUACGAGAGCAGCUGCCCCGACUUGGAGUCCAUUAUCAGGACGGAGCUCGCCCAGGUCUUCGCUCAGGACAUCGGCCAGGCAGCCGGCUUGCUCCGGCUACACUUCCACGACUGCUUUGUCCAGGGAUGUGACGGAUCAGUGUUGAUAGAUGGAUCAUUCCGUGGUCCAAACGAGAAGAGCGCAACCCCAAACCAAAGUCUAAGGAAUGAGUCAUUCAGGAUCAUUAACGACCUCCACCAACUCAUCCAGCAACAAUGUGGAACCUGCGUCGUCUCCUGCACUGACAUCGUCACUAUCGCUGCUCGCGACUCUGUCUACCUGUCAGGCGGACCAGACUACCCAAUUCCACUGGGGAGAAGGGAUAGCCUCAGCUACGCCACUAGAGACGAGACCCUGGCGAGCAUCCCGGCCCCAUCAGACAACACCACGGUCCUCCUCUCCACGUUCGCCUCCAACAACCUCAGUGCCACUGACCUUGUGGCCCUCUCCGGCGGCCACACCAUCGGGCAGGGCCACUGCUCUGCCUUCGAUGACCGUCUCUACCCCACCCAGGACCCCACCAUGAACUCAACCUACGCCGACACCCUCAAGGCCGUGUGCCCGGUCCUCAACUCCACCAAUGCCACCGUCCUGGACAUCAGAACUCCUAACGUAUUCGACAACCAAUACUUCGUGGAUCUCGUGAACAGAGAGGGCCUGUUCACCUCUGACCAAGAUCUGUACACCGAUAAUCGGACUCGGGACAUUGUCGAGAGCUUCGCGGCCGACCAGGACCUGUUCAUUCAGAAGUUCGUUGAAGGGAUGAUCAAGAUGGGCCAGAUGCAAGUGUUGACAGGAACAGAAGGCGAGAUUCGAGUGAAUUGUUCUGCGAUUAAUGCAGCUAGUCCGCCUGCAAAUCCGCCCUUGGCAUCCGUUGUUGAAGUGGAAGAGGAGGCAGCUGCAGCAGAAUUCUAAGGGGUGUUGGCUGGUUGGUUUUCCCUUGUAUUUUGGGCAGUGUUUGAACCAUCACUGUAUAAAUAAGCUGGCUCCUGGUCAGCUCUCUAAUUGAUCUUUAACUAUGUAAUUGAUGGAUGCUCUGGGCUUAACAAUGGGCUGUGCACAAAAGUUCUCAUU